AUGGCGGCGGGAGGCGGCGGCGCGGCUGGCAAGCGCGGCUCGAAAAGCGAUGCCGGCUCUGGCUUCCUGGGUCUGCGGCCCACUUCCGUGGACCCCGCGCUGCGGCGGCGGCGGCGAGGCCCGAGGAACAAGAAGCGGGGCUGGAGGCGGCUCGCUCAGGAGCCGCUGGGGCUGGAGGUGGACCAGUUCCUGGAGGACGUGCGGCUGCAGGAGCGCACCGUGGGAGGCUUGUUGUCAGAGGCUCCCGAUGAAAAGCUUUUCUACGUGGACACUGGACCCAAGGAAAAAGAGCGGAUUAAGAAGAAAACCCGAGCCCCAAAGAAGUCACAGCGUCUGCAGAAGCCCCUGCGGGUGGACCUGGUCCUUGAGAACCCGUCCAAGGUCCCUGCCCCCAAAGACAUCCUCGCCCACCAGGUCCCCAACGCCAGGAAGCUUCGGCGGAAGAAGCAGCUAUGGGAAAAGCUGGCACAGCAGGGCGAGCUGCCCCGGGAGGUGCGCAAGGCCCAGGCCCGGCUCCUGAGCCCUCCAGCGCCCCAGGCCAAGCCUGGGCCCCAGGACGCUGUCCAGCAGCCCUUCUACGACCUCUGGGACCCAAACAACCCCUUGGACAAGCCGUUGGUUGGUCAGGAUGCGUUUUUCCUGGAGCAGACCAAGAAGAAAGGUGUGAGGCGACCACCACGCCUCCACGUCAAGCCCUCCCCUGUGCCUGCUGUAGAGGUGACACCUGCCGGAGCCUCCUACAACCCCACAUUUGAGGACCACCAGGCUCUGCUUCUGGCGGCCCACGAGGUGGAGCUGCAGCGGCAGAAGGCCGAAGAGAGGCUGGAGCGGCAGCUGGCCCUGCCCACCGGGGAGCAGGCGGCCACGCAGGAGUCGGUGUUCCGGGAGAUGUGUGAGGGCCUGCUGGAAGAGUCCGAUGCUGAGGACGAGGCAGGCCCGGCCCAGGGCACGGAGGCCGAGGACGGGGCUGCCGAGCCGGCGCCCGCCUGCCCCGCCGUAGAGAGGAAGAGCGAGAAGAAGACGGAGCAGCAGCGGAGGCGGGAGAGGGCCGCGCGCUCGCUGCGGGUACAGCAGGCCGCGCUGCGGGCUGCCCGGCUCCAGCACCAGGAGCUUUUCCGGCUGCGUGGGAUCAGAGCCCAGGUAGCCCAGCGGCUGGCGGAGCUGGCACGGCGGAGGGAGCAGAGGCGCUUGCGGCGACUAGCGGAGGCCGACAAGCCCCGCAGGCUGGGCCGGCUCAAGUACCAAGACCCUGACAUUGACGUGCAGCUCAGCUCAGAGCUCUCUGACUCACUGAGAACACUGAAGCCCGAAGGGAAUAUCCUCCGAGAUCGGUUCAAGAGCUUCCAGAGGAGAAACAUGAUUGAGCCCCGGGAGCGGGCCAAGUUCAAGCGCAAGUACAAAGUGAAGCUGGUGGAAAAGCGUGCCUUCCGGGAGAUCCAGUGA